AUGGAGCCAGGUACUGCGUCACCACUUGCUGCAGCAGUUCAAGCGCUGCGUCUGCUCGCUGCACUCCCUGCUGCUGCUAACAGUCGACAGGACCUUGCAAAGCAGCAGCUUCUGCGCCGCAUAGAGCUCUUGCUGCUACAGCGUCAGCUGCAGAAUCAGCAGCAAGAGCAAAAGUGCCAGUGGGCGGGCUGGCCGCAGCAUCAGAACUGUGACGAACAGCAAUACGGGCAGCAAUACGAGAAGCACCGAACGCAUGAAUUUCACGAACAGCAAGUGCAGCAGGAGCAUAAGCAGGAAUGGGCUUCGCGCUGGGAAGAUGGUGCGGCAGCGGAGGCGGGAGCGCUGGAGGAGCUUGAAGAGUCGCUCCUGCUGCUGUGUUGCCAGCAGCCUCCUACGGCCCUGCAACAGCAGCUGAUGCGGCUGCUGCUGCUGCAUCUGCAGCGGAAAAAUGAUUGUGAGGUGUGGCAUCGUGUUGCUGCCCGGCUGUUGGCAGCAGCAGCUGACGGACUGCACCUGCCUGCGGCGGUUUCUUCCGCCCUUGCUGCGGCCGCCGCAGCUCCACCAACGGCAGGAUCAACAACAGCAGGAACUGCUGCUGCUGCAGACAUCCGAAGCAAGGUUCUGUCUCCCUUGCCUCCCCUUUUGAUUUGUGGGCAGCUAAUAAAAGCCUGCCCACAGGUGUUAUCUCCUCUACUGCCGCUGCUCGUUGCCGUCAGUUCGAAGUUGCUGCAACAGCCAGCUGGUGCAGCAGCAGCGACGCCAACAACAACGACAGUGUCAACAGCAGCAGCAGUUGCGAAGGCCCUGAGGACAGCAGUUGCAGCAACAGGGGCGUGCGGAGAAGCCCUGGCUGGAAAACUUUUCGCACUAACCUUGACAUGUCUCCGCUGCAGCAGCAUCAAGGGCAGCAGCAACAGAAACAAGAGCAGCAGCAAGUAUAUCAGCAGCGCUGCUUCUGCCGAAGCCACGAGAGAGGCACUGCUGCUGCUGCAGCAAGUCGUGUGGGCCUUCCCUCGAGGUGUUGCUGCGCCUGUUGGGGAUUCUCUGUUUGCUGCUGUUCUUGCAGCCGCAGCACCGGAGCCUGCCGCUGCCGCAUCUGCCGCUGACGUUGCUGCAGAGGAGGAAGAGGACUCACUUGAAGCAGCUCAGGAAAACGUGCCGCAUGCAGCAGCAGCACUUGCGGUCCUCCUAGCAGCCAAAGCUGUAGCGGGCAUGCAGCAGCAGAAGCAGCAGCAGCAACAGCAGCAGCAGCAACUUUCGCGGAAGACAUCACCCAGCCUUUCUGAAGAGGCAGCUGACAAACCAGCGGCAAGCAGUAACACAGCAGACUUUGCGUGGCUUUCGUCUGGCCAGUGCUUGACUUACGCAGCAGCUUCUGGCGCUGCUGGUGCUGCUACUCCUGGUGCUGCUGCUACCAAGGGUUUAUUUUCGGAAGUGCGGAGUAUUGAGGACGCAUUGGCCUUGCUACGCAGGCAGUGGCUUUUACUGCAUAUAACAGCAACAUCAGGCACGAAGAAGGGGCCAGGUGGGACAAGGCAUUUCCCACUGCUACUGAAGCAGCAGCAGCAGCAGCAGCAAGCGCAGCUGUUGCAGCUCCUGUCUACAAAAGCAAGACAGCUAGGUCUGGUUCGUCAGGUUGUUGCUGCUGCUGUCCCCUGUCUCUGCCGUUUGCUGCUUAACAGCGUUGCCGCUGCCUCCCUGGUGUCCUCAGCACUGCAGUGUCUGUUCACCCUGCUGACUCAGCUGGCAGCUGCAGAUUGGUGCUGCAGCUGCACAAGCAGCGGCAGCAGCAAGAAGGCAGGGGCAGGCAAGGGUAUGCAGCAGCAGUGCGGGGGCCCAUGCAGCUGCAGCUGCAGCAACGGGAGGACCACGCCCACUGUUUGCUGUGUCUCCCUGGAAACGCUGCACUCUCAGGCACUCGUUUCGCAUGCAGCGAAACAGCUACUGGUGCUGCUGCAUCCUCAGCAACAGUUGUGCUUGGUUGAUUGUCUCAGUCGAGCUGUAGCUGCAGCAGCAGUAGGAGCGGCAUCAAAGUUACCUCGCACAGCUCCAACGAGUGCUCCUGCAGUCUCCAGCAGCAGUGGCGGCACUUGUACGGGCAGCGAGAGCAGCGGCAGCAGUUCCAGCCGCAGCAGCAGCAGCGGGAGCAGCAGCACGCACCCGCUGCUGCUGCGUGCUGCCCUGGACAUAAUUGAAGAGUGUAUCUGCACAGCAGGAGGCGUCGCUAUUUCCUCUCCUCUCCCUGCGCUGCGGGAGUGUUUGGUGGCUGUGCUCACAGCGGCACCGAACUUGCGGCAGCAGCAGGAGCAGCAGCAACAGCAGCCCCACCAGCUGCUGCAGGUACGCUGCUCGCUGUGGUAUGCAGCGCAAAGGCAGGCGGCCGCAUGCAUUUGGCGUUUUAGGUGUACCUCCAGCUCCCCAAGUGCCGUCUACCCCUUGCAGCGCGACUUGAUGCAGGCAGCUGCGGCAGCAGCCUCGGAUGCUGCUGCUGCUGCUGCAGUAGAGGAACACGGCGAAAGGCGACUUCAUUCUAGCGAGUUUGCAGCUCUGUGGGGCUCUUCUCUUGGCCUUGCUGCUUGCGUCGCUGCUCGCUCAAACAUAGAACUGCAGCAGCAACUGCAGCAGUCGGCAAGAGCAGCAGCAGCCAUGUCAACAACAGCUGAGGAAGAUCGACUCCACCGGGACAUGGCGGAUCUGUGCGGCGUGUUGGCUCGGGGAGGAGCAGCCGAACGCGCAUGCUUCUUUUUGCUAUCGGAGGCCUUGUUGCAGCAGCCUGCAGCGGCAACUGCGGCAGCGGCUGCUGCUGUAUUCCCUGCGGGAGAAGGGGAGACGAUGAAGGCGCCGCUGCUAUCUCCAGCAGUUUGCUGCUUCUUGCGUGCUUGCCGCAGAACACUAUCUUUAAGAGACACCAGCAGCAGCAUUAAUCGCCUUCGCCGCAUUGCUGCUACUGCUGCUGCUGCUGCAGCGGCGCCUGCAGGUAGUGGGUCAAUCGUCAUGCGCGACACGGCAUCCACUGCGCCUGCAGCUUCUACUUCAGCAGGCACAAUGCCAGGUCCAGCAUCUGCAGCAGCAGCAGCAGCAGAAGGAGCAGCAACAGGAACAGUAGCAACAGCGGCAACAGCAACGGAACCACCAACGGCAGCAAUCCGGGAUUUGAUUUUAGAACUCACUUGCGCCUUUAGGGCCCUUGCGGCAUUCAUGCGGCAGCAACCAGCGACGGCAGCUGCAGCAGCUGAUGAAGAAACUGCCUGUGGUUUAGUGACACUCAUUGUCGAGGCCUCGUUGAUUUUGUGUUGCUGCAGCUGCAGCACAAGCAACAGCAACAACAGCAGAUUGUCGCUGCCAGACACCACAGCGCUUGACGACGGAUCACUGGAAGCGCAGCAACAGCAGCAGCAGCAGAUAGUCUGUUGCCGCUGUUUCUGCAUGGGGGCUGCCCCUGCCGCUGUCGCUCAUGCUGGGCUUGAGGCGGCGGCCCUUGAAGCUCUCUCUCUACUGCCGCAUAACAAGAGCCAGUGCAGCAAGCAGCAGCAACAGCAGCAGCUGCUGCAGCUAGCUUUAUCUGCCAUGGCCAUUCCUGCUGCUACUUCUGUCCUUUUUCCUACAGCAGCGGUUGCCUGCUGCAUCAGCCCCGCUGCUGUAGCAGCAGUUGCAGCUUUGCGCGCCACGUCUGUGGAACAGCUACAGCAACAGCAGGAGCUUGUGCAGCAGCUUGUGCAACGGCAGCAGCAGCUGGGUACAGCGGACCCAGCCCUACUAAUCGGAUGCCCAGCAGCAACAAACAGCCUGCAGGGCCCUACUCUUUGGGAAGCACAGUGGCGCUGCGCUUCUGAUGUUGCUGCUGCUCCCUUCGGUGCAUUAUGGCUGCCAGCAGCUGCAUUAUCAGCAGCCCCAACAGCAGCCCCAGCAGACACCUCAGGAGAGCUAGCAGCAACAGCAGCAGUAGGCAUGGUUGCACCAGGAGCACAAACAACACCACCGGAAAAAUCAUGUUCAGCUACAGGAGUCGCAGAAGUAACAACAGAGACUGGAUGGAGGGCAGAAUAUCCGCCGCAGGUUCACCGCGUUCUCCAGGGGUCGCAACUGCUGCGGCGUCUGUUGUCUUGUUGCAGCUGCUGCUCUGAUGCUGCAGCAGCAGCAUUGGAGCAGACCUCAUGGGUUGCUUGCUGCAGCUGGGGGCGUCAGAUGCCCGUCAGUGCCUCUACGGCUGUUGCCUCUGCUAGCCGCAGUCAACGCGGUAAUAAACUAGAGACAGCAGCAACAGCGGCAGCUGAAGGAGGUGCUGGUGCUUCAUCUCACAAAACGUCGGGAAAUCAUAGGACUACCCGAUCGCAGCAGCUGCUUCAACGGCUGGGUAUUCCACGUCUGAGAAGGAGAAGCGGCACCGGUGUGACAAGUGCUGCUGCGUCGGCAUCUGCUGCCGCAGAUGCCGAUGCUGAUGAAUUUGAUCCAGCCGGAAGUGGCGGGGGAACUACGUUGCUGAUGAGCUCAGUCGGCGCAGUCCUUUCUAGUGUCUUCCGGGCGCAGGAACAGGAGCGACAGGAGCAGCAGAAGAGGCAAACGCAACAGCAAGAGCAGCAACCGCAGCAGCCGCAACAGCAGCGGAUACCUCUUCACGUGGUGGACAGUCUCUGGUGCUGCUGCGAGAAGGCCUUUGCUGCUGCUCCCGCUUUGGAGCGGCUGCUUUUUGCUGACGUAGCAGGUGAGCUUUACGGCCUGCUGCAGCUCGCCGUCCACCCGCGGCAGCAGCAGCAGGGGCAAGAGAAUGCAGACGUGAAAGGCCUGCAAGCGGUGAACAAGCACUUGAAGGCCUUUUUAGAGUUGCCUAUGCAACGAACAGAAAUGGAGUGCGAGGAGUCCUCGGUCCUACUAGGCUCCAGCCGGCUAUGCAGUUUGUCGCUUGUCGCAGCCAGAUUGCUGCCGCUGCUGCAGGCGCCUGAGCACCGUGCAGCAGCAGCAGUAGCAGCAACGCCUACGACUGAUGCCGCAGCCGCCGAUGCCAGCACCAAGGACUGUGAAGAGCUCCUGCAGCUGGCGCUAACGGUUACUUCAUCAAUAGAGGCAGCCGAGGAAGUUGCAAGUGCUGCUGCCGCUGGUGAAGCUGUAGCAGCCCCAGCAGUAGCUGCAGGCGGGGUAUCCGCUCCGUGUGCACUGUUGUGCGUUAUUCGCUUUCUUGGCGCAGCCUUCCCUGUCGUGGCAGCAGUAAGGCGGGCAACCAAUGUAGCAGCAGCAGAAAAGGGUUCAUCAGCAGCGGCAGGCAGCCUAUCUGAAGUUGUGGCGCCUGCAGAGGGCUUGCAGGAGCAGCAGCUAAGCGUACUGCAGCAACAGCUGUUCCGGGCUCUGCAGUUCGCCUUGCUGUUGCGCACGUUGCAGCCCUACAUAUCUCGAGCUGCAGUGCUGACAGCUGACGCAGCACGGCAUCUGGUGGUCUGUCUGCUGCAGCAGGCAGCAGCAGCUGCCGCUGCAGGACCCGCUGCUCUGGUUGCCGCCAUUAGGGGCCCCAUAUCACACGCAGCAGCAGAGGCCGCGUACCUCAUUUCCGUUUCAACUCAGUCUGCUGCGGAAAGGAGCAGCAGCAGCAGUGAGAUUGUGCUGCAGCUAGUUUCAGCAGUACCGGCUAUUCGGUGCCUUGCUGCUCUGCUGCGGAUUCAAGCCUUGUCAGAAGCAUCGGCAACUAGGGAUGCAGAAGAAGCAGCAGCAGCAGACAUAGGCGACAGCCAGUUGGCUGCCGCAACGUUGUCUCUCCAAGCUCUGCUGCCUGCUAUUGUCGCGAUCGCAGAGUUUGCUGCUGCCGCACCAUCUCUCGUUGUGCGCAGAGAAGCAGCGCAAGCCCUGCUAUCGCUGUCUCUUCCUUUGAAGGCAACGCCUUGGGCUCGCACGGCUGCAGCAGUUGCUGCUGCUGCGGCGGCUGCGCCGGAGUCGGUAGCAGCUGCUGCUGCUCCUGUGGCAGUUAAUCCUCAUCUGGCACUUUUCCUGUUUGAGGCCCUCAAUUCUGAGCAAGAAUCGCUGCAACAAAAGCUGCUUCUGCAGCUGCUGUUGCAGCAAGUCCGUCUGUGGGGCCCCACGAAUCUGCUGCAGUGGGUAUCACUACUCACUUAUCUGUGCUGUAGCGGUACUGCUGCUUCCCCAUCAUUGAACUGCCACCCUUCCUCCCUUACACCUUGCGGCAGCAACAACAGCAACAGCAGCCACAGCCCCACGGAUUUGCUGCUUCUGGCUCAGCAGUUGCUGCCUCAGACCCCAAAGAUGUUGCUGUCCCCUCUUGCAGCAGCACGCGCGCUGCCUCCCCUCACAGGCCUCGUAUGGAGGCCCCUCCCGGGUAUAUCUGCACCUUCAGCAGCCGCAGGAGAGCCAACAGCGGACUCUGGAUUCUGUGACGACUUAAGUGACAGCAGCUCCGCGGAAGUGCAACCAAUCGUUUGUGCAGCAGCAGCAGAAUGCCUUGUGCUGCUGCUGAACCUUCCGGAGCUGCAUCAGCAGCAGCACCAUUGGACUGUCUCUGCAGCGAAGGAGUACAAGGCGAAGCGUGUAACAGCAUCAGCAACAGCAGGGGCUUCUGCAGGAGCAAAUGCAGCAGAGUAUUGCCUGAUCGACAGCCUUGCUCCACUAGUUCGGGCAGCAUGCGAGCUCCUGCUGCGGGGUGUUCGAGAUCAGCCGCAGCCACAGACUGGAACACGCCGAGACGAAGGGCUCACGCUCGCUGGUUGGGGUCUGCAGUUGCUAUUACUGCUGCUGCAGCGCUUCAUUAAACCGGCAACAGGCACCGAGGUGGGGCUGCCGGAGCCGCUACUGCGGCAGCAAGAGGUGGCGGUCUCUGCUGCAGUUACUGCGCUGCUGCGGCACAUUGCGCCGCCUAUGCCACCGGACUCGCCUUCCACACCCGAUACGCAUGCAAUAGCAGCAGCGGCGGCAGCAGCAGAAGAUGAAGCAACUGCAGCGCGACGCAGAGCGGCCCUACUGCGUCUUCAGGCAGCGGUGACGUGCGGGUUGACGACUGAGGAUGUAUAUGCGCAGCAACAGCAGCAGCAUCAGCAGCUCACAGCGAUGUCUCUGAGAGUUCUCUUCAAAUUUGCGGAGGCUGGCUGCUGCCUUAGCCCUUGGAGGCUUGUAGGCCAGCUGUUGCUGCCGCUGGGGGACGUAGCUCAGUCAUCAGCAAAGGUACUCGCAGCAGCAGCGACACGAGCAGGACGAAUAGAACCAGCACAAGCUCCCGCGGACUGGCUGCUGCGUCGCCGCCUUCUUUUGGCGUGCCAGCUGCUUGGCUAUGUGACCUGUCCUCCUGCUGCCUCUGGUGUAUCUGCUGCUGGUAGGGCUGCUGCUGCCUUCUCUGAGCAGCGAGAGCAGUGGGUUGCCGCCAUGGAACCGUGUUCUAUUCCUCUAUCGUUGCACAUUAUGGCUGCUCUUUUACAAGGCGAGAAGCAGGUGCAGCAGCAGGAGCGGCAGCAACUGCUGCAUGGCUUGUUAGUGCUGUGUCGGCCGCUUUCCACACCAGACGACUCACCGACUUUUGUUCCUGCCGAGGUUGCAUUUGCUGCACUUGCAGCAGUUGCACGCAGCAGCACCGGCCCAGCAGCAGCAAAUGCCGCAGAAACACCAAGAGAGGAUGCAUCACUCACCGUGGCGAGCUGCCGUGCAUUGGGUAGGCUUACGGAUUUGCUGCUGCAGCCGAUAGAGGCGGUAGCCGCAGAGGCAAGAGAAGCAGCAGCAGAGGCGGAGGUUCGUGCUGCUGCAACAACCUGGCUAGAAAAAGAACACGACGAGCUGUGCUGGAGACUGGAGAUAACGACCAGCCUUCUACUCUGCGUUUCCUUCUCGGAGUCUCCUGAACAACGGCAGCAGCACCAGCAGCAAGAUUCCAGUGGAGAUACAGACUGGGCAGAUAAUUGGUUGGCUGCUGACAGUGCAGCAGAUUUUGUCGGCGCGCCAUAUGCAGCUGUUGCCCCUACAACAAUAGCAGCACAUGGUGCUGCUGCUAGUGAGCGGCGUGCUUCUCAGGGCUCAGCAGCUGCUGCGUCGUUUCACCUUCGCACGUGGCAGCGGGCCUGUGAGGCUGUAGCGGCCCUCGCAAAGGCUGCAGCAACAACAGUAAUCGUUGCUACAGAUCAGGUGAAGGCGCAGGAGGACAGCAGCACUACGGCUGCUGCUGCUGGCUUUGUGAAGCAGCAAGAGAGCGAAUUGCCCGCAGCUGAACUUUCGAAUGUACCAGCAGCAUCCUCAGCAACUGCACCGAGAGAGGCUGCAGCAGCUGCGGCAGGAAGAGUUAUAUACUGUUGCAUUUCUCACGUAUGGCGCUUAGCUGCUGCGCUGCAGCAGCGGCCAGCAUCCCUGAAGGAAGCAACUGCUUCCGUUUCCUUCUUUGCAGCUGUGCGUGAUGUAUCCACAGCUGCAUUGUCACUUCCUGCAGAUACAGCAGCACCUGCAGCGGCAACAGUUGUAGCAUCUAAAGGGGUAGACUUGCCGCCUGGUGAGUUAUCCAAGGCAGCACUCUGCCUACUGCAGCGGUGCUUCUGUGUGGUGGGAACGGCAGCUGCGUCGGUUGGCGGUACUGCUGCUGAUGCUGCUUUCCUGGAACUGCUAUCUCCGUUAGAAUGCCCUUGCUUUCUUGUGCGGCUCUGCGAACAAGCAACACUGGAGUCUCCAGUGGAGACAGUUCAGCUGCUGCGCAGUCUGUACGAGGCAGCGGCACGUGCUUCCAGCUCGGCUGCAGCAGCAGCAACAGCGGAGCUAGCUGUAACAGCAGCACCGGAAGCAGAAGGUGCCGAAGGUCAGGCCAGCACGCGCCUGCUAAUGCACUGCUCGCAGCUUAUUGAAUCAGCGGUUUCAAGUAUCACUGCAGCAGCAGCAGGAGGGCAGUCGCUGACAUCAGCAGCAACACGAACAACAGCAGCAAACACACCUCAAGCUACUCCGGUUUCGAGAGACACUGAGGGUGUGCUGACGCUUGCUACAGCGCUUGUCGCUGUAGAGGCACUUGCUCUUGCGAGUGGCCCCUGGAACAGUAUGCCUCCGCAGCAACGAGAUCAGCAAGGAGAGCAACAGCAGCAAGAACAGCCAGAGUGGUGCGUACGCAUAGGAGCUGCUUUGCAGCGGCUGAGUGGCUUCGCCUACACAGUCGAACAGGCGUGUGCCACAACAGCAAUAGGAGUUCCCGCAGAAACCGCAGCAGCAACAGCACAAAAAGGCGAUUCGGAGCAACCAGCGUUAACUCCACACACCAUGGCGACGGCUGAGGACGCCGAAGCAGCAGCAGCAGCGUCAAAGCCUGCCGCACCGGGGAAGGCAAAGUUAGAUAAAAGAAAGGUAACAGCGGCAGGUUCAUCACUAUCUCCAGAGAGCGCAGGAGCGACAGCAGCACCAAGUGCAGCAGAAGGUGGGACAGAAGCAGCGCGAGCGGCGGCAGAUUUGCUGCCCAAGUGGCCGGCUUCUCGGCAUCAUGCUGCAGCGCAAUUUCGGGGUCUUCUGCUGCGUCUCGGGCGUCUGUGUAGCCAGCACGCUGCUGCUGGUAGUGGUUCGCUGUAUCGCCCUUUCCCGUGUCGCGUCGCAGCAGCAGCAGUCUCCUGUCUCACGCCUGCGCUUUCUCUUCAACUCUCGGUGUCUCCCCUCGUCAGCAGGAGCAGCAGUAAUGACGGCACCAGCGGCAGCGACAACAACAUGAGCGAACUAUCUACAUUGGUAGCGCGGCAGAAGCAUCCACUGCAGACGCUUGAGGCGUUUCUACAGCAGUUGCCGCCCAUAAGUGAAAACGCUGCGAGCAGCAGCAGCUUGUUUCCGCUUACAGAAGCUCUUGUCGAUGCUUUGAGCUGCGUGGUUGUUACUGUGCUGACUUCUCAAGCAGAGACAGCAGCAGCAGCCACCUCCCCAAAAAGAACAGCGCAAGCAGCCGUUGCACAGGAGACAUCACUGGCUGAAGAAACGGUGGCAGCGCCUGAGCAAGAAACGGUUGCUUGCGACUCCGCAGCAAAGACAUCCGAGUCGCCAGCAGAGAUAAGAGCAUCUGACAGAACAAUACCAGCAUCUGAGGCGCCUGCGGCUGGAAAGCCAGCAGCAGCUACGGUAGAAACAACAGAUCUCGCGGAGCCAGCGGCUGCAGAACUUGCAGCAACGGCCCCAGAAGCUCCUUCAGCAACAUCAGUAGCUGACACCUCGGCAGCACUAGCAACAGAACCUGUAGUGGGUGCAACGGAGCCAUCAGCAGCAGCAACAGAAUCCCCAUCAGCGGCGCCGGCAGGAGCGACGCCGGAAGCAGAGCGUUCAGCGGCGGUGUCUGGAACAGAAAGAGAAGGAGCAGCAGUAGUGCCAGUAGACACAGAGAUCUACGAAGCACAAAGAGAAGCUUAUCACAGUGCUGCUGCUCGUCUGCUGUAUCUUGCAGUGGCAGGACUCCCUGCUGUGGCUUCCCAGGCGAUCUCUGCUGCAGCUGCUGCUGUGUCGAAGCACGAAGCAGCAAAAGCAAAUGAGACAACGACGUUGGCCGCUGAAGACGCUACAGCUGCCUCUGCAGGGUGCAUGCAGCAGGUAAAGGCAGCUGUGGCGCAACUUCUGCAGCGAGAGGUUGCGCGGCGGAAGCAAGCGGGAGCCUAG